CGGCCGCUGAGGGGGCAGAAAGCAGGCACACAGUCCGAUUUUAGCCCGUGAAAUGUGAGGCAGCGUCCUCGUUGGCGGCGCCUGCGAUCGACUGAACUGGAGACCGCAGUGCAGGCCCCGUCCGCUCCCCCGCCCCGGCCCGUCCACCCCCGACACCCGCCGCCGCCUCCGUUUCCGCCUCCGGUGCACCACCUGCCGCCGCCGCCGCUGUGGGUCUCGUCGCACCCGCCGCCCCCGAUGCCGGCCGCCAUGCCGCCCGCCGCCACCGCCGUCCAGCCGCCCCCGAACGUCGACCUGAUGGAGCUGGUCAGCCUGUACCAGCGCAGUCCGCAGGCCCAAUUCAUCCUGAUGGCGCUGGCCGAGCAGCAGACCCACCAAGCCAGGCCGCCCCACCACCACCAGCCCAAGCACAACGAACAGGUGGACGCCUGUCCGCCCAACCAAUACGUGAAGAUCAACACGUAUGUGACUGGUCCAGCAGCUCAAACAACGUACAGCAACCAGCCGCCGCAAGGCUACGCGGCAGCCGAAUACAAUGGUGCGAUUGCGGCCGGGUCUGCCGGCUUCGCGCCGAUCGCGCCAGGACCCGGAGGACUCGCCUCGGCCAUUAGCAACGGCCUGGCCGCCAACGGAUUCAACGAGAGCUACAACAUAGGAGAGUUGGCCGAGCAGUUCGACGAACUCAACAUCGGAGUGGAGAGAAAGAUGGCAAUGAAGCGCAGCCCUCCCAGCACCUACAUGUGCCACCUGUGCUUCCAGAAGGGCCACUACAUCAAAGAUUGCCCUCAGGCACUACCGAAAGGGGAUGGAUUAACCCCGUACCAGGGGAAGAAGAGAUGUUUCGGCGAGUACAAGUGUCCCAAAUGCAAGAGGAAGUGGAUGUCUGGAAAUAGCUGGGCCAACAUGGGCCAGGAGUGCAUCAAAUGCAGGGUCAACGUCUUCCCGCACAAACAGCGACCCCUGGAAAAACCGGACGGCCUGGACGUGUCCGAUCAGUCCAAGGUGCACCCGCAGCAUCUGUGCGAGAAGUGCAGAAAUCUGGGCUUCUACUGCCGCAGGGUUCAGUAAAAAUUGAAAAUUUUAAUCCACACCACUGACCAGACUGGGUAGGUUAAGGCGAAUUCGCACUCAGUUUCCACACGCGGUUGUUUUAUUAUUUUUUGUUUUCACUUUCGUUCGUGCAAGGGAAUAUAAUAUAAUAUAUGAAACAAAAAAACGAACGAACGAGAAAGAGUUCACGUUCUUUUUAUGGCGGUCUGCACGAUUGUGAUUCAGCGAUAAAUAAAUGGUUUUUGUUAUCACUCUCUUUCUCUCAAGCAAGCUCAGGGUCCGACUGAUAAAAAUGACGUGUUUUCCAAUAAUAAGGAAGAGUCAGUUGUUUAAUCUGUAUAAAUUGUGCUGCAAAAUUAUCCACCUCGCGUAUGACGUGGAUUUUAAACGAUGCAAAUAAUAUAUUUGUGACAUUUUUUCACCUUUUAUGCUCGCUCUGUUUUAGUGUUCUUGAAUCAUUUAGUUAUGCCCGUGAAUCGAUUAACGCCAGAUUGUGUAUGUUUGAUAUCAACGGAGACGUUAUUUUCAUUAAUUUCAACUGUCAACUCCAGUUAAACUGUGCAGCUUUCUCUGUUUUAUUAUGUGUUGAGAAUAAAAUGAGAUUUUUAUCACCACCA